UCGCCGGUUGCCUCUUUCUUGACGCAUUCGCGCUUCUCCACAAACAUCUCCACCUCCAGCGAUGGAGAACGCGGAGUAAUCGGCUUCGUGACUUAUCGACGGACUCCAGAAACGUGGAAUAUAUCCGUAUGCCAGGCAAAACUAUGUUUACUGCGACUGCCUUUGCAAAGCCUUUGGUGCCUUAUCCUUCAGUAGGAGUGAAUGCUUAUUAAAAAUUCUCGCACGAUUGCUGGGAUGGCUUCCCAGAACAUGAUAACAAGUGGUGCCCGAGUGACGCAACUGCACGAUGUGGUUUUAUGAGUGCUACUUGUGACAGUGUAGUGGAAAAGGAGUUUCCCAACAGAUUCUCAUUAACUUCUGCCACGGUCGUCUUCGCGAUGUCUUCAUCGAGCAGAGCGAAUAAUCAGCGGAAAUGAAGCCGAUCACCUUCGAGAACCUCCGCCGAUUGGUCGGCGCGGGUCGCAAGAAGAAGGAGAAGGAAUCUUCGUUCAAACGAAGCGAUUCCUUUAAAAGGAUUUCAAUCCGUAGGAGUUAUUUGGAUAGGGGUAAAAAGAAACAACUUCAAAAAUUAGAAGUUGCCACUCAAACGGUACCUGAAGAAGUUCAAAGUAUAGAACAAUCCCCAUCGAAGAAGGUUGAUUCUUCAGUUCAGGUGGAUAAAGUCGAUCUUAAUCAACAAUCUAGUAAAAUGAAGAAAGGUAGAGGGGAAGGACCGGGACAAAGUGUAAUAGCCUACGGGCAGUGGCUGAAAGGAAUUCGUAAAGAUGAAGGGACUUAUUCGGGUGUUAAAGGCGCGGAAAGAACUGUUAUUUAUGUUCCGGCAUGUGAAGAUGACGAACAAGUUCCGGUGAUACGACAAUUAUCUGCAUCGCCAGUGAUAAGACGGAGAUCUCCCCCCAGAAAGAAAAGCCCUCAAAAGACUGAAAAGAAACGCGAAAUAUCGUCUACUAGAAUCACCACAAUUGAAGAAAUACCCAGAAAAAUUUCACCCAUUCUUCAAAGAAAAGAAAGCAAUGAUUCCGCUGUUGAAAUGUUCCCUUGGGGAAAAAAAUCGAGACCAUCGACUCCUUUAAUGCCAGAUUCCGGCGCAGAAGAAAUGUGUUCUUUAUCAAUAAGUUUAGGACGAAUUUGGAUGGACGCCCCCCAAAAUAUGGCACCAAGAAGCUUGGAAAUGCCAAAAUCAUCAAAUAACCAACCAGUAGCUCACCAUUCUUUAGAUUCUGCCUUAAAAGAACUGCGAGACGACCCAAUAGUCAUAAAUAGGUUACAAAAACGACCAACUCCUCCAGUUGCAAGAACUUUGUCUUCAACAAGCAACACAACCACAUCAACAGGAUUAUUCUCCAGCAAAGACUCAGGAUUUUCAUUCUCCAUUUCAAUUCCAAAACUUACCGAUGAAAGUGUUACAAGGGGAUUUUUCAGAAAAAAACCGAAACCAAAAUUGUCCGUCAGCCGUGAUGGUUAUUUUAAGCGAACGGGCUAUAACAUAAAUGAAAGAAAUUCGGUUAAGCGACGUAGUAGUAGGAGAAAGAAACUUCUCAAUUCGAGUAGACGAAAGAAUAAAUCUCCUCCUAGAUUCGAUAUGUAUCAAGUGGUUGUAAGUAGACCGAGAUGUUUAAAAAACCUCAAAUUAGACCCAAUGAUUUUCGUGCCCCCCGAAAAACGUAAAACCACAUCGGUUAAAAAUAAACCCUCAUUCAAAGUAAAUCUUCGAGAAAUUAGAAAUUGUCCGCAAAGAGAGGCUGUUUACUCAACCGGCAGUGCCGAUGAAGGAUUAUACGAAAGUCUGCCCGAUGACAUUGAUGGAAUAUCCGAUGAAGAAAUCCAAAUGAGCGGUAGGAUCUCAAGAAUUAGUUUACGUGAAGAUGAUCACGAUUAUAGUGACGCGUAUUCGAGUAUUAUUUUAGAAAACGCUGUUAAUGAAAUAAAAAGUAACGGUGUUCAAACGGUUCAGUGCGUUAUUUCGGGUGCACCCUCGCCCACCCCUAAACGAAAACCGGUUCGUAGAAAAAAAUCUGGACUUUCUAGAAAGAAGAGUAUUACUUACGUCGCUAAGCCAAUUGUUAAAAGAGCUCCAUCGACGUUGAGGAAACCUAACAAAAAAAAUGGUGACAUUACACAAAAGGGUUAUGAGAAGAAACGCACAAGACUGCUUGCUCCAUAUGUACCCAAACAAAACACAACCGGGGGCAUUGGUGGUGGUGGUGGCGGUGGCGGCGUCGGAGCCCCACACGAAGACAGCAACGACAACGGCAAUAAUGUUGCCGGACCAAAGCAGCACACCAGACGCCGCACGCAACGACGUGUCACGCACAACGAGAAAAGAUACCACUCAGAUGUGUCGGGCGUGGGCGCCGUCGCCGAAAAUAAGGGCGCCAGCCCCGCCGCGAGGGCGGUUCGAAGGGGCAACCGGAGGCUCACCAGAAACGAGAGUCGCUACCACUCAGAGGUGCGCCAAGAAGCCGUUCAACAAGCCCUUGCUCAGGCGAUGCAAAACAGGCACAAACCAUCUUUACCAAUGCCAUCGAAAAGAACAUCUGUUAUGGCUAAAAGUCCAGACAGGGAUAGACAUGAUUCAGAAUCAUCAUCGGAUGAAGAUAGUAUAGUGAACGAGGAGACAGUCGAAAGCACCCCGGAAAAAGAAAAGAUUCGGGAUAGGAGCACACCCCAAAUGCUUCCUCCUCCACCUCUAUCGGACACCAGCAGUACUGGAUCACCACCUUCAUCACAACCAAUGCAUCACCGCCCGCGAAUGCCACCCCCAAUGUAUACUAAUUGGGAUCAUCGACUGGGACAUCGCACAGAAAUAACCGAAAUUAAUGAUGCUAUACAAAAUUUGAGGCCUUAUUCUCAACCACCAGAUGUGACUCAUAACACCGCUCAAGGUGGUCGAAGACCAACAGCCGCUGAUAGAGUUCAAAGAUACGCCUCUUCAACAUCCGACGAUACCAUAAGUACAGGAACCGGAAGGUGGAAAGUGUCGGCGAAAAUCCAGCAACUAUUGAAUACGUUAAAAAGACCCAAAAGAAGACCGUUACCCGAGUUUUACGAAGACGACGACAUAGAAUUAGAAAUUGCGGCGAAUCCAAAAGAUCCCAACGCUCCAAAACCUGAAGGUGGUUACAUGACACCAGCAGUAGGUGAACAACUAGUGGUGGCAUCAGGAUUAUCAAGAAAUUUAGAAGCAGCUAUAUCCAGAUACGGUUCUGGUUCGUUUAAAGCCCCCGUAGCAACGGUUUUAGAUCCAAACGGAAAAUUAACUACAACCCUUUCGUAUGGCAAGCUUCUAAGUCGUUCGUGUAAAAUAGCUUACGCCCUGCUUAGCAAGCAGUUCAGUAAGAACGGCGAGACAACGCUCAAAUCAGGUGAUCGCGUCGCACUCGUCUACCCGAACAACGAUCCCAUCAAUUUUCUCUGUGCGUUUUAUGGAUGCGUGCAAGCCGGAAUCGUUCCCGUGCCCAUCGAGGUCCCUAUAACGAAGAGAGAUGCUGGGUCAUUGCAAAUCGGGUUCUUGCUCGGCAGCUGUGGCGUACAGGUCGCGUUAACUUCAGAGGCUUGUCUAAAGGGAUUACCUAAAAGUCCUUCUGGAGAAAUCGUUCAAUUUAAAGGCUGGCCUAAAUUACAAUGGUUUGUUACUGAACAUCUGGCUAGAACUCCUAAAGAUUGGUCACCCGCACCAAAAUUAACUGAUGAAUCGCCUGCUUAUAUCGAAUAUAGUACAGAUAGAGAUGGUUCAGUAAUGGGUGUAACUAUAACAAGAACUGCGAUGAUUUCCCACUGCCGAACAUUAACAAUGGCCUGUAAUUAUACCGAAGGCGAGAAUAUGGUGUGCGUUCUCGAUUUUAAACGAGAAGUUGGACUUUGGCAUUCCGUUUUGACCAGCGUAUUAAAUGGAAUGCACGUCAUCUAUAUACCGUACGCUUUAAUGAAAGUAAACCCCGCCAGUUGGAUGCAAAUGAUAACAAAAUACAGAGCUACAGUGGCUGUCGUAAAGUCGCGCGAUCUUCAUUGGGGAUUGCUAGCUACAAAAGAUCACAAAGAAAUUAAUUUGAAUUCAUUGCGAAUGUUAUUGGUAGCCGACGGUGCCAACCCGUGGUCUUUAAGUUCUUGCGAUCAAUUUUUAACCGUUUUUCAAAGCAAAGGUCUCCGACCAGACGCCAUAUGUCCAUGUGCCAGUUCAAGCGAAGUCAUGACAGUCUCCGUUAGAAGACCAGGACGAGCUGGCGUUAAUUCAACAGGUCGUGGCGUCUUAUCAAUGCAAGCUCUUAGUUACGGAGUAGUUCGCGUCGACCAAGAAAAUAGCCUCACCUCUUUAACACUCCAAGACUGUGGACAAGUGAUGCCCGGAUGCGUAAUCGUCGUAGUCAAAAUGGAAGGUCCAGCCUAUUUAUGUAAAACCGACGAAGUUGGAGAAAUUUGUGUAAAUUCUGGAGCAACUGGUACCCAAUAUUGGGGUUUACAAGGUUUAAGCAACUCCACGUUUAAAGUACAACCCCUUGGGGCGGAUGGCAACCCGAUCUCGGACGCUGAAUACACAAGGAGUGGUUUGUUGGGUUUCUUGGGACCGGGAGGAUUAGUUUUUAUUUGCGGAUCGCGUGAUGGUUUAAUGACAGUAACCGGCCGUAAACACAACGCUGAUGAUAUCAUUGCUACCGUUUUGGCUGUUGAACCAAUGAAGUUUAUUUAUAGAGGACGCAUCGCUGUUUUCAGUAUUAGAGUGCUUAGAGAUGAGAGGAUAUGUGUUAUUGCUGAACAAAGACCAGAUUGUAGUGAAGAAGAGUCUUUCCAAUGGAUGUCGAGAGUGUUACAAGCUGUAGAUUCAAUUCAUCAAGUAGGAAUUUACUGUUUGGCUUUAGUUCCGCCAAAUUAUCUUCCAAAAACCCCAUUGGGUGGUAUUCACUUAUCAGAAACAAAGAGGAAAUUCUUAGAAGGAACUUUACACCCAGCUAAUGUGUUAAUGUGUCCCCAUACUUGUGUAACAAAUCUUCCAAAGCCACGGGAAAUACACUCUGCAACCGACUGUGUUUCAGACGUGGGCCCCGCGUCUGUUAUCGUCGGCAACCUCGUUCAGGGGAACCGGCUGGCGAGUGCGCAGGGCCGUGAUAUGGGUCUCUCGUGGGACGACGACAAUGAUGAUUCUAAAAAGAAUUCAUUUUUAACUGAGAUUCUUCGUUGGCGUGCCAAUCAAACAUCCGAUCAUAACCUCUUCACGUUACUAAAUAGUAAAUGUUCCGUAGCGAAAGUGUUAUCAUGUUCUGAGCUGCAUAAAAAAGCCGAAAGAAUUGGAAAUCUAUUAAUAGAAAAAGGACGAAUAAAUACGGGUGAUCACGUAGCUUUAAUUUUCCCGCCGGGUUUAGAAUUAAUCUGCGCGUUUUAUGGUUGUUUGUACGUCGGAACGGUUCCGGUUACGAUUCGUCCUCCUCAUCCGCAAAAUCUCCAAACAACUUUACCCACUGUUCGAAUGAUUGUUGAAGUGUCCAAAUCGGUUUUAAUUCUUAGCACACAAGCUGUGAUCAAAUUGUUCCGAUCGAAAGAAGCGUGUAGCGUUAUUGACAUCAAAUCUUGGCCGCUAAUCUUGGAUACAGACGAUAUGCCUAAGAAGAAACUUCCUAAUCUUUAUAGAGCACCCACACCGGAAAUGAUAGCUUAUUUAGACUUUAGCGUUUCAACAACUGGAAUGUUGGCCGGAAUUAAAAUGUCUCAUGCGGCUGUUACCGAUUUAUGUAAAAGCAUGAAAUUAGCUUGUGAAUUGUACCCCUGUAGACAUAUUGCGUUGUGUUUGGACCCUUAUUGUGGAUUAGGAUUUGCUUUAUGGUGUCUCAUUGGAAUUUAUUCUGGUCACCACUCAAUAUUAAUACCUCCGUCAGAAGUAGAAGUAAACCCAGCUCUAUGGUUAACUGCAGUAAGCAACUAUAAAGUAAGAGAUACAUUUUGUUCUUACGGCGUAAUGGAACUAUGCACCAAAGGUCUUGGAUCAUCUGUAAAUCAAUUGAAAACACGCGGAAUUAAUUUAGCGUGCGUUCGAACGUGCGUUGUCGUAGCGGAAGAACGGCCGAGAAUAAAUCUAACCACCAGUUUUUCAAAACUUUUCAGCGCAUUAGGGCUUAGCCCUCGAGCUGUAUCGACAUCGUUCGGUUGUAGAGUAAAUGUAGGUAUUUGUUUACAAGGGGCGUCGAGUCCAGAACCGUCGACGGUUUACGUCGACUUAAGAGCUUUAAGAAACGAUAGGGUUACUUUAGUCGAACGGGGAAGUCCACACAGUUUAUGUUUGAUGGAAAGCGGAAAAUUACUUCCAGGCAUUAAAGUGAUCAUUGCCAAUCCCGAAACGAAAGGUCAAUGCGGUGAUUCGCAUUUAGGCGAAAUUUGGGUACAAAGCGGGCACAAUGCGAGCGGUUAUUAUAUGAUUUACGGCGAAGAAAGUGAUUACGCCGACCAUUUUAAUGCUCGAUUGGUUACCGGAAACACGGGAGAGGUUUACGCUAGGACGGGAUAUUUAGGAUUUUUAAGACGUACCGAAGGAGCUCAAUCGAGUAUUGGAGAUGAAUCGACCAUUUUAGGAGGAGGUAGCGAUAACGAUUCCGUUGGAACGCAACACGGACUUUGUAUGGAUUCGCCAGAACUUCAUGAUGCCGUCUUCGUCGUUGGUGCUUUGGACGAAACCAUUAUGUUAAGAGGAAUGAGAUAUCAUCCCAUUGAUAUUGAAAAUAGCGUUUUGAGGUGCCAUAAAAAAAUUGCUGAAUGUGCUGUAUUUACGUGGACCAAUUUAUUGGUUGUUGUUGUCGAAUUGGAUGGAAAUGAAAGCGAAGCCCUUGAUCUCGUACCAUUAGUAACAAAUACAGUUUUAGAAGAACACCAUUUAAUUGUGGGCGUGGUGGUAGUUGUAGAUCCAGGAGUGGUGCCGAUAAAUUCAAGGGGUGAGAAACAGCGUAUGCAUUUACGAGACGGUUUCUUGGCUGAUCAACUCGACCCCAUUUAUGUGGCCUACAAUAUGUAACCAUUGGUAACUGUACCAUUUUGUGAUUUAAAAAAGAAGAAACAAAUAAAAUAAAAUUUCGUUGGCUGUAGCAAGCAGGCAGGAAUAGAGAACAAAAAACAAAUAUCUUUGAGGUGUUCACGUUUCGGCUCAAAACAUUGUCUCAAUCUAUGAGUAGUGGCUAAUUGUAAAUACAAUAAUACGUACGAGGGCCUACAAAAAUGAAAAAGAGGAAAACGAGAAAUAACUAGUGUAAAUUUUAUAAAAGCGACACACCGGAAAGUGCUGUACAGGUUCUGUAUCGCGUUAGUUAAUUCUACAAUUGUUUAUGGCCGUUUUGUAUUUGUGCAAUACCCGAGCCGUACACCGUUCGAUAUUUUUUAUUAUUAUUAAGGCGAUAAUAUAAAAUGCGACAAAAAGAACAUUGUGAUUUUUUCCUUUAUUAUUUUUAUUAAUUUUUUAAAGAUUUUUACAACAUCAUUUAUAUUAUUCUGUUACUAACAUUCCUGGGAGACCUUCUAAAGGUUUCGGUAAUGUACCAGUUGUGCAUUUUCUUCUUAAUAAAUGAUGUUGUAAACUUCGCCACACAUUUAUUAUUAAUUGAUCAAUUAAUUAUUAUUCAUAUUAUUUAAGCAUCUAGUCUUAUCGAUCGCUCUGGCGUAGCUUGAUUCUAAUUAAAAAGUAGUUAAAAAGUACCCCACCCCCCAUCCUUUUAAUUAAUUAUAGGUAUAAUUUUCACUAAUGCACAUUUAUAGUACGUACGUUUUUGGACUUUUUACAAAACCGAUUGCAAAAUAAAUUGCAAUAAAAACCAAAACCAUGUGGCUUCUUGUUGCGGUUUUCGUUUAUUAUUGACAAAUAUUUGUACGGUUCUUUUUUAGCGUUACUAUUUUUUAUUGUAUAGUCUGACAAGUUUGACAAUAUAUAUUGUAUUAUUUCUUAUAUAUCGUACAUGUACAUAUUUAAAGAACAAACAAGUAAUUAACAUGACCUGUAGUGUAAUCCAGUUGUAAUUUACUAUCUCUACACACACACAUGUCUAUAUAAUUGAAGGUCUUUAUUAAAAACGAACCUUUGUUGCAGACGCAUAAAGAUGAAUUAUAUACGUUGUGUAAUCAUAUUUAAAGAGAAAUAAAGGUAAAUUUUUACCACUGAA